AUGAGACUUGAAGAAUUGCCCUACGAUGCUGAUCCGACGCAUAAAAUGGAAGUCUCAAUAGCAGCUGCUGCAGCUCAAUUGCGAGCAAUCAGAGAUCGUAAGAUCGCUCGAAAUCGUCAGUACGGCAAGGCAGAUGAAAACGCGCCGUCAUUUGCUUCUGACGAAGUUCCAAUCUUCCCUCAACAAGACAAUAUCCAUGAGACUGAAUUCCUUAAUGAGCGUCUCGGAGUAGGAAACAGAUUACAAGCAAGCUCACUCUUUCUUCCGAGGGGACGAAAAACUUGGAAGUGCGGGGACUCUGCACUACCUACUCCUCAUUAUGAAGGAAACUGGAAAGAACAAGAUCAAACAACGCUCGCUAUUCCUCUAGAUCAGCUUAAGCCAGGCGGAAAUUUAAUGGCACUCGUUCAAGAAACUAUGAUGUGCUACUACAAUUAUGAAGACAGAUCUAUUGUUGACCAAGUACUAACGAGACAAGAGGAGGACGUUUUCGAUGGGGUCUGUACGACUGGCUUUUCAAUCGAUGGAAUCCCGAUGAAUCAACCUCUGCUGAUACCUAUCCUGCCCAACGACCCCACUGAUAUUUUUUGUCGACUGCCAGUCGUCACAGCUAUCGAGUUCAAUCCAAAUGCAAAGACGGGAACGCCAAAAUAUCGAGCAACGUUUCAGGCGUACGGCGAAACAAUUCACGGCUUUGGCGAGACACGAGCGCAAGCACGCCGAGAUGGUGCUCUAAAAUUAUGCUACACUUUCCAGCACGUUUUAGAUGUCCACGAUUUUGAUCAUGCCUUUUGGUAUCCUUUGCCAAGUAAAGAACGACCAAAAGCCAGAGGAAAAGCGGAGAACGAGCUCGUUAACGCCGUCCGUUGUAAGGCUGAUGAGUCUCAUCCGAUUGAAACUGAAGUUGCCCCUCGUCUUUUUCAAUCACAAGUUACCGUUCAAGGUUUCAAAAUCCAAGCCCAAGCAUGGUCGAAGAAGCUUGCACGAAAAAGACUUCAUCUUUAUCUAAUGUUAUUAAUGCCGAAAGAGCUUCGCAAAGUGGACACAACUGCGUGGCUUGGUGAUGGCGCUGGAAUGGCACCUGACGUUACUUAUGGACAAACUGAUGUACAGCGCGGACUAAAACGGUCGUCUGAUAUUGAGCUUGAGAAGCUUGCCAAAAUUGCAAGGAAACAGCCUCUUAGAAUCUUUGACGGUAACGAUGACCAGCUGAAGGUGAUUGCAGAAAAGCACGUCGCAACCGCAUUCAACGACACUGCGAGCUUUCCAAUUAACCCACGAGCAAAAAAGUCUAUGUCUUUCUUCCUUCAACACCGCUGCCAGGGUCGAUAUAAGUUUGAUAGGAUUGACAAAACAGUCAAUGACAAACUAGUAGUGAAUCUGCUUUUACCUGAUGGAACUGAUCACAUUGGACAAGGAAAAAAUCUUGAAACAGCAAAACAUAGUGCGCUUCUUUCGGCACUUGACAACAACUCUAUUUUGGCCCAAACUGAGCCUAUGUCAUUUUUUGGCAUAUGUGCAUAUGGACUUGUGCAAAGCUUAUGCAAGGGCGUUCAUCUUGCUGUUCAACCAAAUCAUGAUUCUAGUAUUUGGACCUGCACCAUUCAUACUGGUAAACCAGAAGAGAACGGCGACAUGACUAUCGAAAGCUUCGUUGCUUCGGAUUUCACGAAAAAAGGCUCUCAACGCUUGGCAUCGCUGGAGUUUUUGUCAAACUACAACGACGAAACGAGGCAUAUCUGGAAAAUAGCGAAGAAGAUCGCAGCCGAAAAACACAAAAAUUUAACGAUAAAUCAUCGAAAUUUACUUCAACAAGUAUUUCAAAGCUUGAAGCAGAAGAUACCAACUCCUGACGACGCAAAUAUGAUAACGUGGAGCAUUUACGGCAAGACCUUCUCGAUCAAGGGAACGGGUGAAAAGCCAAUUGACGAUCAGAAUAUUUUCGAAGAGGUUUCAUCCGAAUUCCCUUUUCUUACCGCCGUUCUGGAGCAAGAAGCAGACUGCGAUCCGCUAAAGAUUAUUAAGAAUAAACUUUCGAUGAAUAAGAAAUUGCAAGACAUGGGUGGAAGAAAGAUGAACUGGAAAAUUGAACAUUAUGAUGAUGAAGUUAAGUAUUUCCGUGUAUCCUUCACGCUCCCGUCGCUGGAUCGUUUCGUCGGAGAAGGGACUACUCUGACCAACGCCCAAAAGUCAGCGGCUUUAAGUUGUUUAAAAACUCACCCAGUUUUAUCAAUUGGUGAUAGUGCGUUAGAGUUGCAGAAUCACAUGGUAACGCUUACAGACAGAGUUUCGCAAAGGGGUGGAACAGUCACCACAACUGUUGAGUCUGGUGAUCCAGAUUGUCCGGUGACAAUGUACUGCAGAGUCAGAGUUUCAGUCGAGCAAAACGGUGUUAAACUAACUGAAGCCACUGCAACUGGAAUUUCCAAAGGUCAUGCCGAAUCUCGCGCUGCCUUCAAGAUUGUUGAGGAGCCCAAGUAUAAUGGUAAACCAACCACUGCUCAGCUUACAGAAAGAAAAAUAAAUUUCCGCUGGGUGAUCGAAUCUUCAAAAGAACAAUUAUUGAAGAAAGUUGCGCUCUAUUACACUCCACCAGAACAUCCUGAGCAAGUUUACCCAGGAGAGGGCAUCUCGGAAAAAUUGGCGAAAGCAAAAGCAGCGAAGUCAUUCCUGAAUGCGACGUUUGGACCCGAUCGUUGCGUGCGUCUGGAACGAGAAGUGACCUCGAUUCGCCAGAUUAAACCAAUGAAUCGUUGUGGCGAAGAUGACCCAUCUCUUCCACCGAUAUGUCGAGAAAGGGGCAAUAGACUACCAGAGGAUGUCAUUGAUUUGAACGUGGAAGCCCAAAAGAAAUUCGAGAAACGAAAAGCUUUCAUGGAUAAAAUAAACAUGAAAAAGAAGGGAAUAAGUGAAGGCAAAGAUUUGGAAUCUACGACUCCUGAAGAACUCUCUUCUGAUAAAUUAGAAGUUGUCGAGGAAAUGGAAAACACAUAG